AAAAUGACAGAGAAGUUGGAUUAUGUGCCAAUCCAAUAUUUUAUUACAGUGAUUCCUUUGGAAUUGGAGAAGAGAGACAAAAAUGGUGAGGAGUUGGGUUGUUCUUAUAAGACUGGUGUUUCUUCAACAUUGGCUCUUACACUUUAGAUAACAGUAAGGAUCUCAGAGGCUUUUUCUCUUCUAGGGUUUUGGCUUUGUUUUUGAGAUAAAGAGAUAGGAUUGACUGGGCAUAUCUCAACUGGGUUUUCAAUUUUCUUCCAUAUAUAUAAGAGAGAGAGAGAGAGAGAGAGAGAGAGAGAGAGAGAGAGAGAGCAGAAGUGAAGAUGUUGGAAGGAAAGGCUCUGAUAGAGGACACAGAUAUGCCUGUGAAGAUGCAAAUCCAAGCCAUGGCUUCUGCUUCUAAGGCCUUGGAUCUCUAUGAUGUCUUAGACUGCAAAUCAAUUGCUGGCCAUAUAAAAAAGGAGUUUGACAAGAAAUAUGGAGGUGGAUGGCAAUGUGUGGUGGGUUCCAAUUUUGGGUGUUUUUUCACUCAUUCUAAAGGGACUUUCAUCUACUUCACAUUGGAGACUCUUAAUUUUCUUAUCUUUAAAGGGGAUUCUUCUCCUUCUGCUGCCUGAUUAGAAAUUACUUGUAUGUAUUAAAUAACUGCUCCUCCUCAAGAGACUCAGGCCAUGUUUGGUUGCUGAGGAAGUCCAGAGAAAGGGAAGCAUAGUCUGAAAAAUUAAUUUGGAAUGGAGGGAGAAGAAGAAAAGAGCACGAGAAGAUUAGAAGAACAAACAUGGCCACAUGGAGGUUCUUUUGGAUUUUCCUACGAGAUAGGAGCCUUGUAAAUAUAGUGCUUCAAGGGGCAUUGUCAAUGGCCCUUCUGUAUUUUUAAAAAAACCCACUUUCUUAGCUGUGUCAUGGUGUCUCCAUUCAUUUUUCAACUAGUUUUCUCACUUUCCCUUUCC